AUGUCGGCGGCGCGGGUGAUGCUCACGCCCAACGACGUUGUCAUUCAUCGAAAUCCCAGCGAGCGUCUCAUCAAAAACUUUUGCGAGACGAUCUCGCAAUAUCGCAAAGAUUUCCAUGAAGAGGACAUCAAGCUUCUUCAGAAUACCAUGGGAGACAAGUACAAUCUUUAUCUGCUUUGCUUGAAAGAUUCCGACGAUGUGAUUGCUUCAAGCCACGUCAUCAAUUACGAGUCGAUCGCGACCGAGAAGGGAUUCCAGACGUGGGGUCUCGCGUGGCAUCUGUCGAAAUAUCACGCCAACGGCAUUCUGACGCAUCUCAUCCAUCAGAUGAGCGAGGAGUUGAGCGCGUCGACGUUGAACGUCGGCGGAUGCGCGCAGCCCGAGUCGGCGGCGAUUUGGCGCAAAUUUUUGUACACACGCGUUCGCGGUUGCACCUAUUUCGUCUCGAGCUACAAGCCCAACGAGCUCGCCAAUCCCGACAUUGACUAUGAGAAGUAUCGAAUCAAGGACGUCACCGAGAUUCCGGCGAGCGAUUUGAUCAAUUACGAUCAAACGAUUUUCCCGUACCAACGGGCGAAAAUGAUGGAGACGUUGCUGAAAAAUGGAAUCUCGAAGAUUGCAUAUGACGAGAAAGGAAAUGUCGUUGGAAUGGGCUGCCUCACCACCUACAAAUCGGGCAUGGCGACACUCGGACCGCUCUACUGCGACAACAGCAUCAUUGCGCAGGCGAUCUUUCAGAAUAUCGUCAAAGAUAUUCCAAAGGGCUCGGUGGAGACGAUUCAGAUUCGUUGCUCCGACAAAUUUCAGGAGAGCGCGACAUGGAUUCGCCCGUUCCUUCGCAAGAAGCAAGAGAUGACGAUGCAUUCGCACGUCAAGUUCAAUCGCGGAAUUCCCGUUGGACUCAAUUUCACGAAGGCCUAUGUCAAUUCGAAUCCUGAUAAUGCGCCGUUAUAA